AUGAAGAGAAUGAUCUCUUGGAUUCUUGCUUUGCUUCUUCUGGUUUCCUUCUUCGCUAUUCUUGCAGAUGCUGCUAAUAGUAGAGGAUUGGAAUACCUUCUUGCUGGUACUCCUAUAAUCCAUCGAGACUUAAAGCCAUCCAACAUUCUAUUAAGUAAAUCUAUGACAGCCAAGAUUGCUGAUUUUGGACUCUCUAGAGUAUUUAUCAAUGAAAGAGACACCCAUCUAUCAACUCAACCAGCUGGUAAUCCCAGUUAUAUUGAUCCUGAAUCUGGAAAACUAAACAAGAAAAGUGAUAUUUAUAGUUUUGGAAUGAUUCUUCUUCAACUCAUAACGGGUCGCCAUCCAAUAAAUAGAGGACCUGAGGAUAUCAGUUUCAUUGUUGAUUGUAUUCAACCUAAAAUUGAACGUGGGGAUAUGGAAGGCAUUGUUGAUCCAAGAUUAGCUGCAGGAUUCAGUGCUAAUUCAACAUGGAAAGCUGUUGAAGUAGCAAUUUCAUGUGUUACCACCACCACCCCAGAGGCCAGACAUAAGUUACAUAUCGCGAGAACUACAAGAAUGUGUAGCUUUGGAGAUGGGAAUAAAUGA